AUAGAUUCGGCUCAGUAACGAACGACACAUUGCAUGCAUCGCUGCUAGCGCGCCGGGAUAGCCGUAUUCAUUUGUUGUGUAAGUUUUCUGCGCGUUAGCAUUCAGCUAGGAUCCUCGCAGGUUUAACAAUAAUUAGCUUUCCCAGCAGUAUGCAGCAGGGUGACGUGGUUAGAAAAGGUUUGCGCGCCAUCUAAGAGACAUAUGUCUUUUAACUCAAGUGUCACCACAACAAUCCGGUCACGGCAUGGCAGGAAGGACGAACAAAGAUAAACUGCGGCGAAGCUUGUCUUUGAGGAACAAGAGGAAAGACGACGCUAAAGCUGGGACUCCCAUCUCCUCUUUCUUCCGGAGCCAGCCUCCGGCGAGCCUGGCCUGUCCCCUCUGUGGACAGCUGGUCCCAAGAUUCAAGAUCAAUGAUCACAUCGACCUGCAGUGUGAGAACUUUGACAGAGGGGACAACGCUGGAGCCUCUGGAGGCAGAGAGGAGGAUGCUUCAGGCGUCCAGCUGCCACCUGCAAGCCAUCUGUCAAAGUCCCCUGAGCUGGACCAGAGAGGCGAGGACGCAAAAACCGGGGCCAGUCCUUAUUUUAAGAAGAACAACUCUCUGCAGGCUCCACGGGAGAUAAACAGCAAGACUGUGGUCAGAGCCAUUGGCUUAGGGAGUCUGUCCUCCAAGCUGUCCAGAAAAUACAGCAAACGCGCAGAGGAGAGCGGCCAGUCUGAUCAGAUGAGUCCUGAGGAGUCGGCCAGCAGCUCCCAGAAGGAGAACGUCCAGGUCUGUCCAGAAGACGCUUGUGCUUCAGCGUUGGACACCAGCGUGGACGCUCCGGCAGCAGCAGCAGGAGAGCCAUCGUCUGCAGAGAAACCAUCCUCCAAGCAACCGACCUCCACGUCCAAACUGGAAAAGAGGAAAAACAAAGCCUCCUUCGGUGCUGGUUUAGGAAAGAAAGCAAAAUAUGGAGGAGAAUCAGAGGAGGCAUCAUCUGGUCCUGACCCAGAGGAAAGCACCAGGCAGCGGCGUGAACCCGAGGCUCCCCCGUCUCUCCACGACACGCCAGAAAGGAGCAUCACCGCCGUCGGGGUGGAUUCGGCGCCGGAGGCCGAGAGGUCCGACGCCCCGUCGCUUCCCUACUACCUGCGAAACUUCCAGACCGUGCUUCACGCCGUGUUGGAGAACGAGGACGACAGGACGCUCUUCAACCAGGAGGACAUGGCGGUGGUCCACGGCUUUCGGAGGUUGUCGGUCGUGGCCCAGAAGCUGUAUGUGAGGCUCUUUCAGAGGAAACUGAAGUGGCUGCAGGUCAGUAAGCUGGAUUACGGCGAGAUCUGCAGAGAUCUGGGGCCGGUCGCCCAGGAACUGGUCCAGAUAGGUUUUCUACAGACAGAGGAGGACCUGGAGGACCUCGGGGAGGCUCUGGAUCUCCUUCCCGCCCCUGAACUUAAAGCUCUGGCUAAAACUUUCCACCUGGGCGGUUCUGGCACUCAAAAGCAGCAGGUAAUCGAAGGGCUUCUCCGUCUGAGCAGGCAGAAGUCGUUCUUCUCGCCGGCCUCCGGUCAGAGCAGAGUUGGGACGGUGAUCCUGAAACGGGCAAAGCAGCUGGCAGGGGCCUGUGUGCGCCUGUGUCGCGGGCCCCGGGCCGUCUUCUCCCGCGUCCUGCUGCUCUUCUCUUUGACGGACACCAUGGACGAGGAGGAAAUGGCAGCGGGGGGUCAGAACCAGCUUUUCACCAUCCUGUUGGUGAACUCGGGCCGGCUGGCCUUCCCUGACUACACCGUGCAGCGAGCGGCCAAGGUCUUUCGAGACAGAGAGGAUCUCGUCAGAUAUGAAGCGUCCAUGCGAGCCCUGCUGGAGGUUACCCUGGCCAUGCAGGGCGGUCAGUGGGAGCAGGCCCUGGAGCUUUACACCGCCGCUAAAGGAGCCUGGUGUGAGCUCCGCCUCAACCACGACCUCAGUCACCAGGAAGAGCUGCCGGUGUUCCUCCGCAGCUUCACGACGGGAUGGGCGUACACGCGCGUCUUGUCCAGAGGAGUGGAGAUCUUACAGAGGCUGCGUCGCUACGAGGAUGCGGUGGAGGAGCUGCGGGCCUUGCUGAAGCAGUCCGUCUACUGUCCUGACAGCCGGGGCCGAUGGUGGGACAGGCUGGCUCUGAACCUUCACCAGCACCUCAAAAAACCCGAUCAAGCUAUCUGUGCUAUGAGAGAUGGGCUGUCGGAUCCUCUGGUGCGCACCGGCCACAGACUCUCCCUCCAUCAGAGAGCUCUCAGGAUGAAAGAGGCUCCCAGCUGUAAAAAGUACCGGCUGCAGCUCCGAGAGCUGCCCGCCGUCCACGUCCGAGAUGUUAAACAUGUGACCAUCCGGGGUCAGCUGUUUCCUCACGAAGGCGGCAUGGGGAAAUCCAGAUUCCUUUUACCUGAAAGUGAAGAAGGAGAGGAUGGGAGCGCUCAUGCCACCGUAAUAUGCUCAGUCGAAGAGCUUUGCUUGGCUCAUUACCGACAUCUAGGCUUUGACCAAGGCAUCCACGGCGAAGGAUCCACGUUCUCCACCUUGUUCGGUCUUCUGAUGUGGGACAUCAUCUUCAUGGAAGGCAUCCCGGACGUCUUCAGGAACCCGUACCAGGCCUGUCCUCUGGAUCUGUACACCGACUGCUUCUACGAAAACAGGCGGGAAGCCGUAGCCUCUCGUGUCCGGCUGCUGCGCGAGGCGUCCGUGGAAACGCUGCGCGACAUGCUGGAGGACGUGUGGACAUCUCAGGAGGGUAAAGUGUGCUCGCUGGUCAGCUGGGAGCGUUUCUCGUCCCUUCAGCAGGCGCAGUCUCUGAUCGCAUGUCUCGGCGGGGUCUUCCUCGGUGGCGUGAUUGAGCGAAUGGCCAAAGACUACAGACACUGCAGGGGAGGUUUGCCCGAUCUCGUCGUGUGGAACACCACAAACAACACCUAUAAGCUGGUGGAGGUGAAGGGCCCCAGCGAUCGGCUGUCUCAAAAGCAGCAGAUCUGGCUGGACGAGCUGCAGAGACUGGGGGCCGACGUGGAGGUGUGUCACGUGACGGCCACUGGAGCCAGAGGAGCUCGUCUGGAGGAAACAAACACAUAAGUUGUCCAGUCAGACUGAUUCAGGUGCCAGAAUGGCAGAAAUCAGAAAACUCCUAUGGAGGGAAAAGAAACAUUCGUGUCAUUUCUCUCGCUGAUCGAUGCCGAAGAAUAUUCUCCUCUGUGCUUAAAGGUUUCCUUUUAGGGUGUAUUUCCGGGUCUGUAUCCUGAUUAACGAAACGGUGAAGGCGAUUAUUUUACAGUCCCAGUCCAGAACUUUACAUACGCUCGUCAUGCGCAUGGAUGCCGUGUAUCCUCUGAGCUUUUAAAGGUUUAUUUGGCUAAACAUUUUACUGAUUUUUAAAAACUAGAAUUUGUUGCCCAAGUUUGAUUUUUAUUGUCAGCUCUUAAAAAUCAGAGCUUUAAAAUCACACAGUUAGAGUCAAAUAUAUCCAUAGACCCCCGGCCUGUGGUUCCAGAGUAACCACAGGCUUGUUGAAUUCAUCAACAAGCGUUCUUGGUGGUUAUUUUUUGGCUCCUCUUCAUAACAAAAUCAGAGUUUAUAUAAGUUGCUUGGUUUUCUGGCCAGCAACAGAGUUUUAAAACACUUUUGACUCUGUCCGAGGUCAGGGUCAUUCCAGAGCCUUAGAGUUAAGCCUGCUUUACCCGUUCAUGAUCUAGUUUUGAUGCGUUUUUAGGGUCAUUAGGGUCCAGCUGGAACACACAAGUAUGUCCACCUUUCCAACGCCUUGUUGUCCAUUUGACAGGAAGAAAAGGAGUUCUCUGUCUUUUACCAUUCCGAUUGCCUAGUCCAGCGUCCCGAUACCUUUAGCAGCAAAAUGGACCCUUAUCAUGAUGUUACCACCACCGUGGCUGCCAGCUGGUAUAUUCUUCUGUUCUUAGGUUAGAAGGCCAAAUUGUGACUCCUCCUAAACAUUCUUCUUGUGAUUUUUAAAAAAACCUCCAUCUUAUCUGACCAUACAGUUUUUCAGUUUUUCCACAGCUUACAGUUUUAUAAUUAGCUGGAGUCCAUUUAGUUUCUAGAUUGUUCCUUUUUAUUAUACUUUUUUUUUUUUUUUGCUGUAUUUGUGAAGGUUUGGGUCAGAUGGUAUAACCUUGGACACAAUUGGGUGUGCCAAGCGGACAAUAAUCGCAAACAUACAUUAAGACUGGUUUUGGAAAGGAUAAGGCAGGCUAACAUGAAGCAUCUGGGUUGGUCGACCUCAACUCUACAGAAAAUUCGCCAUCUGCUUAAAAGACAAUGCAAAGAAACCGAGUCAUUUUAAAGACACUCAAGGAAGCCGGAAACCUGCUGUCAUGGUUGAGACUUGUUCAUGAGGACAAAAUGUGUUUUUUUUGUUCUGCAACUUGAAGAAGGGGAGUUAUCCAAUUUUCAGUGGAAGUGCAUGCAUAUAUUUGAACCUAACAUUCAACAAAAAUUCAAACUUGUGCACUCAAAGUCUUGUUUUUUUUAAACCGUCAAUAUUGUUUCCAAGAAAAUCAGUUUAUUCUUAAAAAAAAAGUGAUUAAAUGGGACUUUAAAAUGCUGAAGUAAUUAUAUUCAUACCAACGGCGAGUGGAUGUGAUCUUCUGACCCAGCACUGUUAAAAAAAAAACACCAUAUGAUGAGCCUCAUCGCAGCAAGAGGAUAUAAUCAGAGGUGGGUUGUUUGCAGAUAAUUAGAGUUAAUGCAAGAACAAAAAUGGCUCCAACUACCUCCAGAACAUUUCUUUUUCUGUUAUAAUAGAAACCUGUAUUAUCUUUAUGCCGGGUUACCAGGCAACAACAAAAAAAAAAUUAUUCCUAUUUUCUUGGCUGCAUUAACUCCGUGAGUUUCUCGUUUAAAUAAUUACUGUGUUAAUUGCCUCUAAUUACGCUGAUUUGAUGCUGAUGUAUUAAAAUGUCAGCUGGUGCCAAGCAAGAAUCCUGCGGGUUGUUUUUAUACAUCCAUAAAUAUAGUUUGUGUAAUUGAUGUGCCAUGUAAUUUCAUGACUACCUAACAAAUUUGUAUGUUGGAUUUAUUAAAGAAAAGUAAUUUCUC